ACAGGUACUCCUCUUCCCUUGCUCUUGCGUAGUUCUGUUUUUGUUUUUUAAAAUUAUUCUUUUGAUUUCUGGUCUCUGCGUUUCCUUUCAGAUCCAUUCCUCUUCUCUUCGUUUUCUCCAUUUCUGUUUCAAUUAGCUUUCAUUUUCUCUGAUUGCUUUCUCAUUUAUAUGCUUGGGUUUUAAAAUUUUAUGUGCUCUUGCAUAUUUGUUUCAUUUAUUUAUUUAUUUUUUCUAGUAUUAGUUAACGUUAAAUCCGCACAAUGUACGGACAUUCAUGCGCUUGUACCUGUUAAAGUUUCUUUUUGCUCAUAUUUCAGUCGUUUUAGAUUCUGUUUCGAUAAGUUUGUUGUAUUCAUUUGUUUCCUGUUUUUAGUGCGCGUAUUUGAAGCUUAGCUUUUAUUAUGAAAUGGCGUAUGUUGAUCUUGCAUGAAAUUUGUGGGUUUGUUUGUAAAUAGCUUUAGUAGUAAUGUUCUUUGAAAGUUUACUCUGUGUUUAUUGAUUACAUUCAAUUGGAUAUUGUUUAGUGCGUUUUCUAGGUCAUUCUGUUUCUUUCAUUACCUGCAUUACUUCAAAAAAGAGGAAAAGGAAUGUAAAUUCAACUUUGGAAACGAGAGAAUUUUUUUUUAUCAUGCAAUGGAAAAAACUCCAAGGGAAGAAAAGGAAAAGAAAUACACACACACACACACACACACACACAUAUAUAUAUACUCAUCUCAACUCAACUAAGCCUUUAUCCAAAAAAUUGAGAUUUUCUUUCUCCACUCUAAACGAACACAUGAGAAAAAUAUAACUUCACUCAGCAAAGUACGUUUAUUUGAACUUUUUAUCCAUUUUACUCGGAGUGAAAUUGAAAUAUUCAAUUAGGUGGUGAAAAUUUUUAAGAUUCAGCAUUUAAGGAAUGGAUUUGAAGAUGUUUUGGUGUUUUGAAUUAAUUGUUGCAGGUGGGGCUGCAGAGAUUUAUGCGCUCACCAGUUGAAAAAUGGAUUUAGAGGAUAAAUUCGUUGCCAAAGUUUCUGGGGUUCAAAGCCUUUCUUCCAGUGUGCAAAGCACACCUGAGAAAAAUGGGAAUUCAGAUGACGCAUCAAGAAGUCCAGAACUUCUUCAAGAGUUUCUAAAAUCUGGUCCAAAAAGGGAACUUCUUCGAACUUGCUUUGACAAGGACAAGAAGCACACAGCUUCGUCGAAGAGCAAAACAACAGAAUUUGUGAAGAUGAGUAAUAAAACAUUUAAGAAGCAGGAGUCAAAAAAAGUGUCUUUAAGUCCCAAUAAUCAGCCUUCCUCUAAGAAGCAACAAAGAAAGGGGGAAAAUCCCACACGAGUUGUACCGACUUCUGAGCACUCAUCAGAUUUUGGAUGUUCAAACUCAUGGAUAUGUAAAAAUUCUGCUUGUAGAGCUGUCCUAUCCAUUGAUGACACAUUUUGCAAGAGGUGCUCUUGCUGUAUUUGUCAUUUAUUUGAUGAUAAUAAAGAUCCUAGUCUCUGGUUGGUUUGCACAUCUGAAAGUAGCCAGGGAGACUCCUGUGGGUUAUCAUGUCAUAUUGAGUGUGCACUUCAACAUGAAAAGGUGGGUGUUGCUGAUCUGGGGCAAUUGAUGCAGCUAGAUGGUAGUUAUUGUUGUGCUUCCUGUGGUAAAGUUUCAGGGAUACUUGGAUACUGGAAGAAGCAGCUAAUCAUUGCCAAGGAUGCUCGUCGUGUUGAUAUGCUCUGUUAUAGGAUAUAUUUGAGCUACAGGCUAUUGGAUGGGACUUCUAGGUUUAAAGAAUUGCAUGAAAUUGUGAAAGAUGCUAUGGCCAAACUAGAAACAGAAGUGGGCCCAGUGAAUGGUGUUUCUGCAAAGAUGGCACGUGGUAUAGUCAGCAGACUCUCUGUUGCUGCUGAUGUGCAGAAACUUUGCUCUCUUGCAAUUGAUAAAGCGGAGGAGUGGCUGGCUGCCAUUUCUGAUGGAAAAUCAAUUUGCGGAGAUGAUUCACUCCCUGCUGCUUGCAGGUUCUUAUUUGAAGAAGUGACAUCUUCAUCUGUUGUGAUCAUUUUAAUUGAAUUGUCCACUGUAUCAUCUGAUGAUAUUAAGGGCUACAAGCUCUGGUAUUGGAAGAGUAGAGAAGAAACACACACAAAAGACCCAAUUUGUGUGUUUCCAAGAGCUCAGAGGAGGAUUUUGAUAUCCAAUCUGCAGCCUUGCACUGAGUACACUUUUCGAAUUGUUUCAUAUACAGAGGCUGGUGACUGUGGUCACUCCGAGGCUAAGUGUUUUACCAAGAGCAUAGAGGUAAUUCACAGGAAUCCUAUUUCUUCUGUUGCUACGAAUGGCAAGAAGGCAAAUACCCACAUGGGAGGAGGUACUUCUGGUUCAAAAAGAGAGUUUAAAUCUGCAAUGUCUGUAAAUUCUUCAGGAUUCAAGGUUCGAGAACUUGGAAAGAUACUCCAUCUUGCUUGGGCUCAAGAGCAAGGAUUCUUUGAAGGUUUUUGCAGUGAUGAUACACAAAAAUGUUGUGGAGCUAGCAAAGUGAUGAAGUCUGAAACUUUAGAAGAUCAGUUGCCAUCUGUUUUGUGUGGGCUUGACUUAAAUAUUGUUUCUGUGCCUGAUUUGAAUGAAGAGCUGACUCCUCCAUUUGAGUCGUCCCGCGAUGAAGAUAAUGGGUAUACUUUGGAACAGGCUGUUGAGGCGGAUGACGAUGCUGCUUCUCAUGACACAAAGAAGAAUGGUUUAGCAAGAUCACAUGGAAGUGAUGACUCCCAGACCUGGACCGGUAGGCCAAGUGGAGAAGUGUCGGCUGUUGAUUCCCGGGCAGAACUGUGCAGGAAAAGGGCUGCACAUUCCAAUGAAGAGAUGCAUGACUGUGAUAGCACUUUGAUAAAUGGGUCACCAUUCCACGUAUCCUAUGGCUCAGGUUGCUUGGAUGAAAACUUUGAGGACUGUGUGAAGAUAAUCCGAUGGUUGGAAUGUAAAGGUCACAUUAACCAGGAAUUCAGGUUGAAAUUGCUGACAUGGUUUAGUUUGAGAUCAACAGAACAAGAACGUCGAGUGGUUAACACUUUCAUUCAAACUUUGAUUGAUGAUCCUAGUAGUUUGGCAGGACAGUUAGUUGACUCUUUUUCAGAUAUCAUAUCCAGCAAAAGGCCAAGAAAUGGUUUCUGUAGCAAGCUGUGGCAUUAAAUUAGGGCAGGGCAUCCAAAAAUACAGGAUUGCAAUUUUCUUCACGGUUAUUUUCCCCAUGUGACAAAUUACUUCUGAUUGAUUUGCUGCUCUUUGUACAGGCAUUUUUUCUUGAUCACUUUGGGGAAGCGAUUCAUUUAUGUUAUGGACUGGUUUGUCCAGCUAAAAGAUUGGUUGCUGAUUGCAGAGAUGGUUCCCAAUUUUCUUGAAGGCAAUGUCCUUGGAUGGAAGGCGGCAAUGUCCUUGGAUGGAAGGCUUCAUGCUGUAGAAGGCAUUUGCAUGUGAGAAUUCCCCCUCUAGAAGGCAUUUGCAUUUGAAGCAGCAGACUUUAGUGAUGAACGUCUGUAUUUAUAUGUGGAUACUGUUAUUGUUUUGCCUUCUGUAAUUGAAAGAAGGGAACGUUAAUUGAUGGCUGAAUUUAGUGUUUACAUUUUCUUCCCCUUUGUUGUCUUGUCUUAUCCUUAUAAGUUUUCAAAUGAGCUAGGAAUGGCAACACAUCGGUAUGAUUGAACCUAUUAACACGGGUUUGGAUAAUGUAUAAUAAGGAUUAUGAUGGAUUUGAGUUUAGUGAAUAAUACUUAGAUUUGAAUUGGUUUGAA